GGGAGAGAGAGAGGAGGGCUGUGUGGGACACAUGUCAGCGCAGCACAUUGGACAGCUCAGCCCUGUCCUUACAAGUGGAAGAUCAACAAGGGCAAAGCUGUUUGUUCCUUUCCCCCCAACAGCAACCUGUUGUCCUCUUCAAUGAAGGUCAGUCCUCUCGUCAAACGUUGAACCGUGCACGAGUGUCUUCUCCAACGAUCCGAAUCCAUCACACCUUUUCUACUGAUACUGGCUUUUUGGAUCUAAUCUUUUCCUCCGCUCAGCCAUGACCGCUUCAGUCUUCUCCAGCCUCGGGUUUAUGCUCUUUCUGAAUUUUCUGCUUCUUCUGUGGACCACUCUGAGCUUGAGCAGUGCCACGGGCUCAUCUGGGAAACGCCACAGAUCGCCGGUUGGUAGAGAAGCUCAGGACUUUUUGAGCCAGUUCCUGUCCACACUAAACCUCACAGAGUUAAGGCCCCAACCCCGGCCGCUCGUGGCCCACGGGGAGCCUCCGGAGUACAUGUUGGAGCUGUACAAUCGAUUUGCCAACGACCGCACUUCGGCCAACAUCGUGCGAAGUUUCAAGAAUGAAGAUUCCUCCCCUUACAGUUUAACAACACGAGGCGUGUGGAUAUUUCCUCUGCUGUUCAACAUCACCGUUCCACGAAACGAACACAUAACAAUAGCCGAACUGCAUCUUUUCACCCUGGUCCAGAAGGCCCAGAGACCUCGUCCUGGCCAGGACUGCGAGGUGACCAUUUACAGUAAACAUGAAGGAGUUGCUUGGACAAAAGAGGUGGGAACACAAGAGAGAAGGAGUGACACGGGAGGGCUGGUGGAGCUGACGGAUUUGGAGGAACUGAUGACAAAGCGUAUUCAUGCCAAAGAUAACACCUGGGUGUCAUUUGACCUGACACAUGUGGUCGGUCAAUGGCUGAAAUCGGGGUGCGCGACUCGUCGACUGGAGGUUCACGUUGCAAGUCUGGGUGCGGCGAACAAAGGGUUAAAACGUGAGCACGGUGAAAGUUUGGUCGAGGUUGAUGUUGACAGGAGUCUGGACGGAAAACACAACGCUAUGAUGAUUGUGUUCUCGGAUGACGAGAGGAAAGACCGCCAACGGGAUAAGAAAGAGAUCACCCAGAUCAUGGAACACGAGAACGAUCUCCGUGAAAAUGUGAGACACGACCAGCAGUCUUCCCGGGAUCCUGUCGGCCGCAACGCAGCCAACGUCAACCAGGACGACCUGGACAAACAGUCCCUCGUCCAACUACCUUCACGAAUCCGGCGCAAUGCUAAGAACCAGCCCUGCAAGAGGACCCCGCUCUAUGUGGAUUUUAAAGAAAUUGGCUGGGACACGUGGAUUAUCCAGCCCAUGGGCUACGAAGCCUACGAGUGCAACGGUGUGUGCAACCCACCGAUGACUUCCGAGGUGUCGCCCACCAAACACGCCAUAGUGCAAACUCUGCUGAGUGUGAAGAGUCCAGGGAGGGCCUCGCGAGCCUGCUGUGUGCCCACCAAACUGGAGCCCAUAUCGCUGCUGUACCACGAUAACGGCAUCAUCACGUUCAUGCAGAAGUACGAGGGCAUGGUGGUGGCAGAGUGCGGCUGCAGAUAGUCGUGAUAGCGCCACCCAGAGACUGCACAUUGCACACGUCGUCUGUCAUGCUUGUCCCCACAGGUUCUGAGAUUUACUACAGUGCUGUGUAAAAAAAAAACCUAGGUGUAAAAUAGUGCUUUUGUAAAUGUGCAAUUGUAUAAAGGUUAAUAUGUGAAUGUAUGACAUGAGGCUUUCAGGCUAAUGUUGCGAUUCUUCUUAAACCGUCUGAUGUGGUUUGUGAUGAUUUCAUUGUAAUUCUUUAUCUCAUACACACACCUGAGUCAGCAUCAUCCUGACUUGUAAUUGGGGAUGUCUGAUAACAUCGGCCAAUCGACGUUAUUGGCCGAUAUUAGCAUAAUAGUGUAAUAUAUAUUAUCGGCUGAUAUUAGCAUAAUAGUGUAAUAUAUAUUAUCGGCUGAUAUUAGCAUAAUAGUGUAUUGUUGGUAAUAAUCGUUUUUUCCUUCGAUAAUGAAAACCCGAUAACGCAAUGCCUGGGUUUUGCUCAGAUAAUGUGACCUAAAAAUAGUCCUAAAAGUGAAAGAAAAGUGGGCCAUUGCCCACUAGCUUAACCCAAACGCUUGCGUGUAUUGGUUGAUAUCGGAAUCGGAAAUUAAGUGUUUGUACAAUAUCAGCAUAUCGAAUAUUUGCAACAAAUGCAAAGGAAUAUCAGCUUACCUGUAUUAUCGGCCAAUAUUAGCAUAAUUAUGUAAUUUCGAUAAGAAUUGUUAUUGGUUUUUCCUCCGAUAAUGAAAACCCGACAACGUCAUACCUGGGUGAAACCCAGACCUAAAGAUAGUUUUGAAGUGAAAGUGAAAGUGAUUGUUUGUCAUAGCAGCACACCACUGCCCACUAGCUUAACCCAAAAGGCUUAACCCAAAAGGUUGAUAUC